GAACACACACAGACUGUACUCACAUGACACAACUUUUACUAAGUGACACUAUUAAAACUAAAAUAAUGCUAAAAAUUAUUCCAUUAACAUCCCAAACACCACUAUAAAUUAACUCUUAGAGACAUCACAGCUGAACAUAUAACUAGCACCUGGUUAAUUAGAUUAAUUAGUAUUAAUGGCACAUUCUAGUGGCAAAUCUUUGAUGCAGUGGAUGGUAGCAGCACUGCUUAUUGCUUUGUUGGGUGGUGCUCAAGCUGUUAAAAUAUGUGACAUAGAGUCAAGUCAGCUAAAAUUCUGUCGUGCAGCAGUUACCGGUGAAAACCCGCCACCCCCAGAUGAAAAAUGCUGCGCUGUUAUUCGCGGAGCCAAUCUUCCUUGCCUCUGCACAUACAAGUCUAUCCUACCUUCACUUGGAAUCAGCGUCAAAGAUGCUAUGGAAUUGCCCGGUAAAUGUGGUUCGAAAUCGCCUUCGAAAUGUCAAGUGAGAUGAAGGUCUCCUCCAUUAAAAGCACCUCUUCAUGUGUUUUGCUAACACUAGAGAAGUUUUACGCAGCAUUUGAUGUGACCCCAAAUAAAGAUGUAGUUUGUUUUGAUCGAUGUGUUUUGUCCACAUGUUUGCAAGCAGAUGUGUGCUGUGUCAGUCGUAGAUGUUGAAAAGGUUUUUGAUGUAGAAGAAUACAUGUAUCAAGAAUAUCAAGAUAUCUAUCAUUUUCUUCCUCUGCAACCUGUACUCUGUUUAAUAAAAUGUUUGUUCCUUA